GUCACAGUAGAUGAGCAGUUGGUUCCAUUCAAAGGUAAUUUUUUAUUUUCACAUAUGCAAUGUUACUUACCUGAAAUGUUUUUUUUAUUUUAUUGUGAUGUAACAUCCUUCAUUUAUAUAGUUUUCUGUGACAUUCACACUCAGUGAUUGUAAUCUUUUUUUUCAUCAAUAGGUCGCUGUCCUUUCUGGCAGUAUAUGCCGAACAAGCCCGCAAAAUAUGGCAUCAAAGUAUGGGUGGCCUGUGAUGCAAAAUCCAGCUAUGCAUGGAAUAUGCAAGUGUACAUGGGGAAGCUGCCGAGAGGAAUACCAGAGAAGGACCAGGGGAUGCGGGUUGUGCUUGACUUGACAGUUGGACUGAGGGAGCACAAUGUCACAUGUCACAAUUUUUUCACCUUCUAUGAACUUGACCAUCAGCUCCUGAAAAGGAAGAUGACCAUGGUUGGCACUGUUCGGAAGAAUAAGCCUGAACUCCCCCAUGCACUCCUUUCAAUAAGAGGCAGAGCUGUCUUCUCAUCAAAGUUUGCCUUCACUCCCACCACCACUCUUGUUUCUUAUCUUCCAAAAAGGAACAAGAACGUUUCCCUGCUGAGCACACUGCAUAAGACAGCUGAAAUCAGUGAUCGUGAGGACAAGAAGCCAGACAUCAUCCUUGACUACAACUGCAAUAAAGGAGGUGUGGACAACCUCGACAAGGUUAUUGGAAUGUACAACUGCAGAAGGAUGACUGCACUCUGCCCCCUGGUCAUCUUCCAUAAUAUCAUUGAUGUGUCCUCAUAUAACAACUUUAUGAUAUGGCAGGAGAUCAACCCUGGAUGUCAGGGAAGAAAAACAAGAGAAGCAUGCCCCUUGAGCACUUGGGAAAGGCUCUUGCAUUGAGAGAAGGGAGUGUCUGCCCCACACAGAAGCCUCUGCAGCCAUUGUGGAAGCUGUUCAGGGAGCUGAAUCUUGUCCUGAGC